CUCAGAGUAAGGAAAGUGACUCCUGAACAGGAAGGAUGAAGGAGCUGAGCUCUCACUCUGCCUGUGCCAUGCUGCUACUGGUCACAUCCUUAGUGAUCCCUCACUCAGGGACGGUUCCCCAGGGGCACUUCCAAAGGAGAAACUGGACCCCCCAGGCUAUGUUAUAUCUAAAGGGAGCACAGGGACGCAGGUUUAUCUCGGAUGAAAGGAAAGAUCUGUAUGACAGACUGCAGCUAGAGACGCGCAGCCGAAACGCAAACCCCAUCACAAUAUCUGAAGCAGCCGCCUUGUUCCUUAGUUCCCUACAGAAAGCUCAAGAAGGAGCUGAAGAUGACUCUGUGGACCAACCAGGAUAUUUGCCUGAAAGUUUAUUCAGCUGGUGAAAUCAUUAUCUGG